GGACGCAGGCAGUGGUUCUGGGUCGAGCUGUUCGGUGGGGGACGGUUCUACCCAGGCAGUGCAUCGAGUUGGGGCCGCGCGUGCGCGUGCAGGAUAUGCGCGUACUCUGGCUGUGUGCGCGCUGGGCUGGCAUCUCGGUGACGCUGUCUGAGCUCGGGGAGCGCAGAGCAGAGCAGGCGGAGCGGGCCGGCCGGGGCGGAGCGGAGCGGUCCGCAGAGCAGCCCCUCCCGGCCUCGGCCGACCCCGGCCCUCGGCCCGGCUCUAUGGACAGGAGCUCGCUGCUGCAGCUCAUUCAGGAGCAGCAGCUGGAUCCUGAGAACACAGGCUUCAUCGGUGCGGACACCUUCGCUGGUCUGGUACACAGCCAUGAGCUGCCCCUGGACCCCACCAAGUUGGACAUGUUGGUGGCUCUGGCUCAGAGCAACGAGCGGGGCCAGGUCUGCUACCAGGAGCUGGUGGACCUGGUCAGUGCCAUGAUCAGCAGCAAGCGUUCCAGCAGCUUCAAGAGAGCCAUUGCUAACGGACAGCGGGCACUGCCCCGAGACGGACUGCUAGAUGAGCCAGGCCUGAGUGUCUAUAAGCGGUUUGUGCGCUAUGUGGCCUACGAGAUCCUGCCCUGUGAGGUGGACCGCCGCUGGUACUUCUACAGGCACCGCACCUGCCCACCCCCUGUGUUCAUGGCCUCGGUCACUCUUGCCCAGAUCAUCGUGUUCCUGUGCUACGGGGCACGUCUCAACAAGUGGGUGCUCCAGACCUACCACCCUGAAUAUAUGAAGAGCCCUCUGGUGUAUCACCCAGGACACCGUGCUCGGGCAUGGCGCUUCCUCACCUACAUGUUCAUGCAUGUCGGGCUGGAGCAGCUAGGGUUCAAUGCCCUCCUGCAGCUGAUGAUCGGUGUGCCCCUGGAGAUGGUACAUGGCGUGCUUCGCAUCAGCCUGCUCUACCUGGCGGGAGUGCUGGCAGGCUCCCUGACUGUCUCUAUCACAGAUAUGCGUGCCCCCGUGGUAGGGGGCUCUGGAGGGGUCUAUGCCCUGUGCUCAGCACACCUGGCCAAUGUUGUCAUGAACUGGGCUGGGAUGCGGUGUCCAUACAAGCUGCUGAGGAUGGUGCUGGCUCUGGUGUGCAUGAGUUCCGAAGUGGGCCGGGCUGUGUGGCUACGCUUCUCCCCACCACUGCCUGCCUCAGGCCCACAGCCCAGCUUCAUGGCACACCUGGCUGGUGCAGUGGUAGGUGUAAGCAUGGGCCUUACCAUCCUUCGGAGCUAUGAGGAGCGCCUGAGGGACCAGUGCGGCUGGUGGGUGGUGCUACUUGCCUAUGGCACCUUCCUGCUUUUCGCCAUCUUCUGGAACGUCUUUGCCUAUGACCUGCUGGGUGCCGAUAUCCCCCCUCCACCUUGACCUGCUCCCUAGGGCCAUAUGGCUAGAGCCAGGCACCAGGUGGGCCUGCAUGUCUGCCCUCUAUGAAUGGACCUCUUGGCUGCUUUUCCCCACAGGGGCAGGGGGGCCCUGUGAUCCCCCACCCCCAGCUGAAGCCAAGUCUUACUGCAGCCCUUGCUGCCCCCCCCAGGCCUUUCCAGGGGGAGGGGUGCUACUGGGCCAGGGCUGGGUGGAGGACCUUGAGUGUGGCCCUAGAGGAGACCCCUUCCCUCCCCACUGACCCCAGGACUUGCAGUCUGAGCCUUUUUGGAGAAUGAAUAAAUAUUUUACACAGCA